AGUCUUGUGCGCCCAUGGGCGGAGACGGGGAGGGAAACCGGAGGCUGUGAGCGGAAGUGAGGGUGAGCCGGUUUCCGGGGCCGCUGGCGUGACGUGUCCCCAGCUUGGCGCAGCAGGAAGCGGCGGCGAUCGCGGCCUGCGUUCCCGGCGCCGGCCCCAGCUCCUCUCCCGCUGCCGCCAUGCUCGACUUCUUCACUAUUUUCUCCAAGGGCGGGCUUGUGCUCUGGUGCUUCCAGGGCGUGAGCGACUCAUGCACGGGGCCCGUUAACGCGUUGAUUCGUUCCGUGCUGCUGCAGGAACGGGGAGGUAACAACUCAUUCACCCAUGAGGCACUCACACUCAAGUAUAAACUGGACAACCAAUUUGAGCUGGUGUUUGUGGUUGGUUUUCAGAAGAUUCUAACACUGACGUAUGUAGACAAAUUGAUAGAUGAUGUGCACCGGCAGUUUCGGGACAAGUACCGCACAGAGAUCCAACAACAAAGUGCUUUAAGUCUAUUGAAUGGCACUUUUGAUUUCCAAAAUGACUUCCUGCGGCUCCUUCGUGAAGCAGAGGAGAGCAGUAAGAUCCGUGCUCCCACUACCAUGAAGAAAUUUGAAGAGUCUGAAAAGGCCAAGAAACCUGUGAGGUCCAUGAUUGAGACACGGGGCGAAAAGCCCAAGGAAAAAGCAAAGAACAGCAAAAAAAAGGGGGCCAAGAAGGAAGGUUCUGAUGGUCCUUUGGCUACCAGCAAAGCAGUCCCUGCAGAAAAGUCAGGUCUCCCAAUGGGGCCUGAGAAUGGAAUAGAACUUUCUAAAGAGGAGCUGAUACGCAGGAAGCGAGAAGAGUUCAUUCAGAAGCAUGGGAGGGGUAUGGAGAAGUCCAGCAAGUCCAUGAAGUCAGAUGCUCCAAAGGAGAAGGGCAAAAAAGCACCUCGGGUGUGGGAACUGGGUGGCUGUGCUAACAAGGAAGUCUUGGAUUACAGUACUCCCACCACCAAUGGAACCCCUGAGGCUGCCUUGUCUGAGGACAUCAACUUGAUUCGAGGGACUGGGCCUGGGGGACAGCUUCAGGAUCUGGACUGCAGCAGCUCAGAUGAUGAAGCAGCAGCGCAAAACGCCACCAAACCUAGAGCUACCAAGGGAACUCUGGGUGGCAUGUUUGGGAUGCUAAAGGGCCUUGUGGGUUCCAAGAGCUUGAGUCGUGAAGACAUGGAAUCUGUGCUGGAUAAAAUGCGUGAUCAUCUCAUUGCUAAGAAUGUGGCUGCAGACAUUGCUGUCCAGCUCUGUGAAUCUGUUGCCAACAAGUUGGAAGGGAAGGUGAUGGGGACAUUCAGUACUGUGACUUCCACAGUAAAGCAAGCUCUACAAGAGUCCCUGGUGCAGAUUCUGCAGCCUCAGCGUCGUGUGGACAUGCUCCGGGAUAUCAUGGAUGCCCAGCGUCGCCAGCGCCCUUACGUCGUCACCUUCUGUGGUGUUAAUGGAGUGGGGAAGUCUACCAAUCUUGCCAAGAUUUCUUUCUGGCUGCUGGAGAAUGGCUUCAGUGUCCUCAUUGCUGCCUGUGAUACAUUUCGUGCUGGGGCUGUGGAGCAGCUGCGGACACACACCCGGCGCUUGAGUGCCCUACACCCCCCAGAGAACCAUGGUGGCCGCACUAUGGUGCAGCUGUUUGAAAAGGGCUACGGCAAGGAUGCUGCUGGCAUUGCUAUGGAAGCCAUUGCCUUCGCACGUAACCAAGGCUUUGAUGUGGUGCUGGUGGACACGGCUGGCCGCAUGCAAGACAAUGCCCCCCUGAUGACUGCCUUGGCCAAACUCAUUACUGUCAAUACACCUGACUUGGUGCUGUUUGUGGGGGAGGCCUUAGUAGGCAACGAAGCCGUGGACCAGCUGGUCAAGUUCAACAGAGCCUUGGCUGACCAUUCUAUGGCUCAAACACCUCGGCUCAUUGAUGGCAUUGUCCUUACCAAAUUUGAUACCAUUGAUGACAAGGUGGGAGCUGCUAUUUCUAUGACGUACAUCACAAGCAAACCCAUCGUCUUUGUGGGCACCGGCCAGACCUACUGUGACCUACGCAGUCUCAAUGCCAAGGCUGUGGUGGCUGCCCUCAUGAAGGCUUAACGCAGCUCUUGCCUGAUACCAAAUCACUGCUUCCCCCCAUAAGCACCUAUUCCUAUAUCAAGAAUGUGCUUUAGAGUAUGUGAGCAACUUGUCUUCAGUGUAGUUCAAAGACAGAGUGAGCGGAGCUCCAGGGGCUUGCAGCUCCUUGUAACCCCACUCCCUGCUCAGUCCAGCCUCCCUCAACAAGGAGCGCCUAAUCAUGUUACAGUCACCGCCCACUGACCCCAGACCGGCCUCCCCCUUCCUACUCAGGCAUCCUCUUUACUCUGCCUAGAGACUCUCAAGUCUCAUUACAGCUUUGACCAAUGGUUGGAAGAUCCAAUACCAGAGCGUUGCUAAUUAGUAUGAUCAUAGAGCCAUCUGAGUCUAAGGAGCAGUUUAAAGUCCCAGCUCCAUCAGGUUAAGAGAGACUUCCAGAGCCAGCUCUGGGUCUUAAAUGGCACCUUUCCCUGGGGUACACAGCUUUCAGGUCCCUGAGGCCAGGAUGAUACCCACCUCACUGUGGUAGUGUAUGGCCUGUUCUUAAUUGCUGCUAAUCCUAAUUCUGAUCAUCAUCCCCUACCCCAUUAUUUCCCCCAAAGCAUCAGCUAGGCCAGAGUGAUUUGUUACAAAUGAGCAAAAGAAGAGUCUCUGUAUCCCUAAGAAAUAAGGGGAGCCAAGCUGCACUGUUGCAUUGAGCUUCUCAGCCUUCCACCUCUUCCCCACUCCUGGAAUUCACAUGUAAGCUUUGCAUGUUCCCUUGUUGGGAGAAAACCAACUGUCAGAAGGGUCUACAUUGCCCCCUCCUCCAGCCUGUUCUUCACCUCCUGAGCGGGUCCUGGCUUUUCCUCAUCCCUAUCCUCUACAGUGCCUGGUAGACAAGUGCUACGUUGAAGAAUACGAACCUCUUGUUAAGACUUGUCCUGUAGUGUGGUAUUACAGAUGUGCUAUUAGUGCAAUAAGGUGAAGGCUGUCUGCCCAGAGAAAUACAUAAUUUAUAUAAGAAAAUAAAUUUCAUAAAUAAAU